AUGAGUGGUGCAGGUCUCAGCUGGCCCGCACUCGUGCAGCCUUACCGCGGUCGGCUCGAGGAGUGGUUUGGCACGCCAGAGAAGCUGCAUGCAUCCUUUGACACUAGAGAAGAGCUCGUGGAGUUGCUUAGGAAUUGUGACAAAGUUUUGUCGGAAAGCAGUGUUGCCUUGAUCGCAGAUGCUCUUCUUGAAUGGCAUACUGAUGUUUCCCGAUUGGUAGCCAGUGGGCGCAGGGAAGCAAGGAGGCGCUUGACAGAGUGCUUGCCCGGUGUCCCGGGAACUGGCCUUAGCCUGCAUGAGCAUUACAAUCAGAUCGCACUUCAGAGUCCACUUGCGUUGCUUCCGGUUCUUCGCAAGCGAAAGUUAGCUACUGAUAGGGUCGUAGAUCGCGGGGCCAGGGCCACUGAAGAGAUACGACUUCGGCAGGAGUAUGCAUUGCGUCUUGCAGCCAUCAUGCAAGAGGCGCAACUGCCGGUGCGCAAGGUGCUUGCAGGGGUCAGCAAUGCCGAGGAAGCCUGGCCACGGUUGUUCGGGACCCGUCGCUCCAAGACAUUGAGGAAUCGCUUCAGGGCUUGGGAUAAGUUUCGGGAAUGGUUGCUUUAUAGCCGUGGCAGAAGCUAUCCGGAAGGGGUAGCUGAUGUGCUAGACUAUGCCAAUGAACGAUUCCAGGAAGGAUGUGGAAAGACAGUUCUCGAAAGCCUGCAAGCAUCUCUCAGUGUACUUGAAGGUGUAGGGCGCGUGCCGUCUACGCAGCAGAUAUCUCAGGAUCCCACAUGGCAGGCGCAGCUCAAAAGUUACACAGCUGAUUUGAUUUCGGCGGCACCGCCGGAGCAGCCAGCCAGCAUGCUCACCGUUGCUAUCGUUCUCGCAUGCGAGAUCUUCGUCUGCACGCCUGGGGAGCCGAGUUACUUGAGGGCAUUGGGCUUUGUAUGCUUAUUGAUGGUUUGGGGCUCACUUCGGGCCGAUGAUGUUCAGGGGCUCCUGCCGCAGACCAUGCUUCUGGACGAGCGAGGGCUUAGCAUUGAUCUCGCGCGGUCCAAGACUACAGGGCCCGACAAAAGGACCCACACCGUCAAGGUCUUCGUGGAACGGAGUAUCUCUCUGACAGGGCAUGAUUGGCUGAAGGCCGGAUAUGCACUUUGGAAGGAUUUCGAUUUUGAAAGGGAUUAUUUGGUUUUGAAGGCCAAUGAAGGUUUCACGGAACCCCUUGAGAAGCCGGUGGCUUCCUCCACGGUGGCCCUUUACUUCCGCAAAGUCCUCAGUGAAUUGAAGACGCCCAAGCGUGAGGGGCGCACCUGGAAGGCCAAUGAUCAGCGUCCGCUGCUCCCAGGAUACACUUCCAGUCAUUUCACAGGCCACUCUGCGAGGAACUUCCUUAGCUCGGUCGGAGCGGCCAUCGAUGUCGACCCCAGGGAGCUUGAUUAUCUGGGUCGCUGGAAGGUAGGUGGCGAAGGUUCUGCAACAUACAUUCGCACUUCUAGGCAGGUUGUGCAUCGUCUCCAGAGCCACAUUGCAUGUUCUCUUGUCACCGGGCAGCCUAAGCACUACAUCGAGGUGGGUUCUAUCAAGGCUUUGACGGACUAUGCGGCUAAGGCUGGGGAGAGCGAAUCUCAGGUUCGUCGCCGUCACACCCUCCUCGAGGGAUCCAAAGGCUUGGGCGGAUCGUGGCCAACCCUGGCAUUGGAAGUGGCUGUUGCGGCACCACCUUCACCAGUCGAGCAGGUCUCGAUGCCAGGCAGCCGGGGGGAUUACUUCAUCGUUACCUCUCGCACCACAGGCCUGAGGCGUUUGCACAUGUUGGGUUGCUAUGUCAAGCCUGAGAAUUGUUACGAUGUAAAAUUUGUCAAUCAUGUCGGCGCGGAGGACGUCGAUAACAUUUGCAAAGAUUGCAAAGCAAGAAUGAAGGCUCAGGCCGGAGAGGAGGAAUCAGACCCCUCCAGCAGUGACAGUGGGAGGAAGUCUCACUCGGCGCAGGCCGUGAGGUGCCGACGGAUUCCGCAUCCUGUCACAGGCCUCAGGGCGACGGGUGGACACAUCGCAGUGCAGCUAAAGGCCUCAGGGCGGCUAGCAAACAAAGUCCUACAGGGCCACAGGCGAUUCCAGGCAAUCGCCGAUUCCCGGCCGGAAGCUCGGGCUGCUGGGAAGGCGGGCUUCGGAUUGGAUGAUGGGGCUGCAGAAGGGCGACAACAAAUCGCGGGGGUCGUCGCUGCAUGGGAACUCGCGCGAGACGUAAUCAGCAAAGAGACGGAAACGCGAGCAGAGGCAAAAGUGUUAGGCCAGCCGCGAAUCUUGCAAGUCACAGAAAGGCAGGCAAUGCUCAAGGCGGUAGCUGCCGUUCACGGGCAGCUGGGAGAGUCAGAGACUCCAUCGUCUGAGUACCUCGCUCUCAAGUGCGAGGAGUGCGAAGCCAAUGAGCCUCAGGCUUCAACCUUGGAUGCCAUAACUUCUAAGAAGAACACGCUUACCACGAGCAUCCAGUCCAGCCUUGAUCUCAAGCUGUCCGACUUCGACCACUUCGUGAACUACAUCCUUGGCGAAAAGGAGACCUACUUCACGACUCCGCUCGCAUUGUCCAUCAUUGAGCGGCCACGCAAGUGGCACAAAGGCAAGGGCAAGAGCACGGACGGCAAGGACGGAGGCAAGACGGGAAAGGGAGGCAAGGGCAAAGACUCCAAGGGGGGCAAGAACGGCAAAAGUGAUGUGGGCUCUUACCUUCAGUCUUUGGGCAAUGUCACUGACCUUCUUCAGUUCGAUCUUCAGCGCUCCACAGAGCAUGACUUGACUAAGGAAGGAUUGUGGCAGCACAUCUUUCAGUUGCUUGGCGAAGGGGAUUGGAUCCUCAUUGUAGAGCAGGCUAAUUAUUUUCUUGAUCAGACCGUGACGGCAUGUCAACUUGCAUGGCAGUAUGUCCUGGAGCACCCGGAGGAUCUCGGUGCGACUCCAGAUCACGAGUUACCGGCUUCCAUUUGGCAACUACCAGCUCUGCGUGAGCUCCAGGUUUCCACUCAGGCCAUCACUUUUGCAUUCUUUCAGUGUAGCUUUGAGGCUCCAACUUCUAAACCUACCCGCCUUCUCACUAAUCUCACGGCCUUUGUCGAGCAGCCUCCGCCUUUUGCUUCAUGGCCACGCUUCGACUCCAGCGAUCGCUACGUGGGGCCGUUGCCGCCACGUUGCCCGCACGGCAAACACGACAAGGUACUUGCAGGCCGAGAAGGCACCCGCUGGGCGACCGAGUCAUCGGCAGCCUAUCCUCCUCUGUUGUGUGAGUGGCUUGCGCAUGCUGUGCUUGCUUCCGCUGCGCAUGGGGGACUUGGGUCAGCGUCGCACAGCUUCGUUCCAGGUGAGGCAGAUCCAAUGCAGGAGGAGUCUUGUGAGGCACCUCAGGUUUGGCCACAGGAGGUGCAGCAGGAAUCCCACGAGGAGACGCAGGAGGCAUGCGACGAGGAUCUCGCGCUUCUUCGCGGGCAUGGUUUCGUCCUUCCGGGCGAAGAGCACAGUGUUGAUCUUGAGGCGGUCCAGUCGGAUGAUUCGGAGGUGCUGGAGGGGGGCGAAGUCGAAAGACCGGAGCCCUUCAAGCAUCAGGAGUGCCACAACAUCGGACUGCCUUUGAACCUCGAGUGGGACGGCAAAACUCAGCCGAUCACGGAUGGCUUUGGGCUCUGCUCACCCACUAGAUGGCCUCCGGAAGCCAGGGGGGGCCUGCUGCCCAAGCAGGCUUUGGAGUUCGCCACUGCCAUGCAUCAAGUGCUUCGAGACUUUGUAGCGGACGUUGUGCCUGAUGUCAGGCGCACGGCGAUGGAGCUUGCGCUAGGCAAGUGCACGGAUCUUGAUGUGGUGCCGAGUGGCCAGCCAUUCUUCUUGCAUGCUGUGUCUGCGACAGCGCGGCUGUUGCAGGACCCAGAUUGGAAAGCCGUUUCUUGCCAGGAGGACUCCUAUGUCAGCGGGGUCGCGAUCGGUUAUGACUGCCCCGCGCCUCACUUGCCACAGGUGUACGAGUACAAAUACAAGUCCCGCAAGCUCGAUGAAUCGGAUGCCGAGUGGCAUCGCGAGAAUUAUUCGUCGGCAAACGAAACAUCGGAUCAGCUUGAGAAGAAGUUUGCAGAGGAAGAGGUUCUUGGGCGCAUGGUCGCCGCAGCAAGAUCGGUCAAGAGGGCAGGCGUGGCCUUCCGCACUGAUGCAAAGUGUGCGGACGGAUACGUGGUCCUUGGGGGUUGGGAUUGCGCAGGCACAACUCAGGAGUCCAAGUGGUUCUCACUUCGACUUACACCUUCAGAGGCCCCUUACCUCUUUGACUCAGAAGGUCACAGUCAGUGGGCUUCGGCAUCGGCUGAACUGCUGGCCACGCUGGCCGCGUUGCACAUCUUCGGUCACCUUGAAGCCGGGCCAACUAGGCGUUCGAUGAAGGUUGAGGUUUUAGCUCAGACGGAUAAUAAGUCUAACGAGGGCUUGACUCGCAAGGGUUCUACAACGCGCUGGCCCUUGCUCAUGGUGAACAUGCAGCUCACCCAUGUUCUCAUGAAGGCCGGCUUGCGGUUGAACUUGGGAUGGCGUCCCCGGGACGAAAAUCAGGAGGCCGAUGAUUUAACCAACGAAAUCUUCGACCGUUUCUCUGAGGAGUUGCGGGUCCCAGUGCAGUACUCCGAAUUGCCGCUUUCCUUUCUUCACACUCUUUACGAAGCCAGGCGUGCACAGCUGAGCACCCGUGAAGUGGAUUCCAUCCGCGACACGGUCGGUGGCAGGCCACGCUUCAGAGGCAAGAGAAAGAGAGAGAAGUCUCCCUGGUGA